UUUUCUCUUUUGGCGCUGUGUGGAGGAUUUUCGUAGCCGCAUUUUGUUCUCCCUCGUUCCGUGGUUGCGUGGUUCCGUUGAGAGUGGGAGCUGGUGGUUUUGAUGUUCGGAGAACGUUUCUUAUGAGCAUUUCUUAUUAGUAGAUCAAAUUAUGAGAAUUUGAAACUGAGCGUUGUUUCUUUUACUUGGUGAAUUAAGGUUCCAGCUGAGAACUCGGUAGUUCGUUUUGUCUCUGAGAUAAUUCUCACGCGUAGAAAAUUGUGCGAUCGUGUUGAUUUUCUGUAACAGAGAGCGGAGCUUGAAGACCUCUUGUGGUUGGAGCCUGGGACGCCUUGCUUGUGUCUCCUUCGACACUAGAUUCUGGAACGGGAUCUCUGCGUCUCGAGGCCACAUUGCCUUAGGGUUCAAUGUCCUGGAGGGGCGGCAAUUUGAUGAUCCAAUUAGUUAGAUUCACAUUACCUGUACAGCAUUUGCAGAAAACUUGCUUCUAUAAGAGUAGACACAAAUGAAGAUUUUUGUUCAGGAGGUGUAGUGUAUAUAAAAUUGGAGACAUCUCGAAAGGCACUUUUCUUGGCAUUGGUCCAUGAUACUUCAAGGCCUCUUGUGUUGUGCACUUGUAUGAUUAAGAUAUUGAACGGCAACUGUUAUAGAUUCUGGUAAACAAACAUCAGGCAGUAGAUAUUGUAAGGUGAAAAUGUGGACGGAUAAGAGUGGGAUACCUAUUGAGCGGUUUUCGUAUCUUCUUUUGGAGGAUGGGGACCACUACAUCCAAGAUUGGAUUGCCUCCUGUAGGCCUGGAUUGGUCGGGCCUGGUGCACAGAAGCCCUCUCAGCAAAGAAGGUUGAAGGGUCGCCUACGAUUAUGCGCACGAGCUAUAUUUUUUGAGCCUGAGUACAUCAAGGCUCCUAUACUCAUGUUUCCUUUUUCGAAAAUAAAAAAGAUUGAGCAGCUCGUAGAGCCCUCCCCGACUGUUUCUACUCCAGCUAGCAAAUUUAGGAGUCGACAGGAAGGGUUUGCAGUGAGCACGAGCAUGCUCGUAAAAAUGAAAGAGAAUGGGAUUGAUGCUCCGUACGUGAUCGAAAAGAAGGACAGUAUCUGGUGGAUCACGAUGGAGUUCUCACCUGUUCAACAGUUUUUGCAUCAGGCGCAGUCCUUGUUAUCCAUAAAUGCACUACCCUUUGAUGAAAGGGAUAUGAUACUACAAAAUGCAGCUGCACGAAGAGAGGCCCAGGCACAUUUUGACCAAAGUCGCCUUGUGUAUUUUAGCGAGUACGUCUUACUCGACCUUCCAGCUGCUCAGGUUACUCCAUUGGUUCGAGAACCAGGUCGAUUAGUGUUGACACAAUCCCGAAUCUACUUCCAGCCACUGCAUAAUCUAAACAAUGAUAAUCCAGUACGAUCACAGCCUUACAGCGAAAUUAUAGCUGUAGCACGUCGGCGGCAUUCGCUACGACCUAUUGGAAUGGAAAUAUUUUUCAAGGCUAAUCUUGUGUCAGGGGCUGCGUCCAGUGGUGGAGUUGCCGAGGGUGCAAGUGCAUUUUUCACCUUUCGUGAUCUUAAACUACGUGAGCAGGUUGUAUCCAAGCUGUUCGAACAGCUAGGGGGUCAAUCAGGUGCUGCUGCCGCUGCAGGAUCACUCCUUGAAGCCGACAGCUACUGGCUCAACAGAAUUACUGCAGCCUGGCAGGCAAGGCUUGUUUCAAACUACGAUUACUUAAUGUAUCUCAAUUUAGCAGCUGGACGUAGCUUCUGUGAUCUUACGCAAUGGCCUAUCAUGCCAUGGGUGUUAUGCGACUACAAAAGCUCAAAACUGGAUCUCACAGAUCCAAGUGUUUAUCGUGACUUGUCUAAGCCUAUUGGAGCUCUUAACCCUACACGUCUCGAAGUUUUUUGGGAACGCCUUUCAGAGAUGCCGGAGGGAGACAAUUCAAGUUCCCCGUUUCUAUAUGGAACUCAUUAUUCGACCCCUGGGUAUGUUCUUUACUGGCUUGUUCGAGGUGCUCCAGCUCACAUGCUUCGCCUUCAGAAUGGCAAGUUUGAUGCUCCCGAUCGUCUUUUCGUGAGCGUCGCAGAUGCUUGGGAAAGUGUACUCAACAAUCCAGCUGACUUGAAGGAACUGAUUCCUGAAUUUUAUUGUCCCCCUUCUGACUUCCUAGUAAAGAGAGAAGGUUUGAACUUGGGUGUCCGUCAGAAUGAAGAGCCCGUGGGUGAUGUUAAGUUGCCCCCUUGGGCAAAUGGUCCCGAGGAUUUCAUUUCUAAGAAUCGGCAAGCUUUGGAGAGUCAGCACGUAUCGAUGCGACUACAUUUCUGGAUAGAUCUGAUUUUCGGACACAAACAACGAGGAGAGGCUGCUUUGUCUGCAAACAACCUGUACCAUCCUUUAACGUAUGAAGGAGCAGUUGAUCUGGAUAGCAUUGACAAUCCAGUUGAGCGCGCAGGCUUUGAAGCUCAGAUCAACGAGUUUGGCCAAGCACCGCGGCAGCUCUUCACGAGUCCUCAUCCUCCCAGGUUACUGAAAAGAAUGACCACGGUCAUGGACAAUGACACACUUUCGGACUACAGCACAAAAUUAGAAGGCUUUCGUGGACUUAGCAUGGAGUUCGUGUCGCGUAUCAUGGCUCUUGCCUCCUCUCCACGAAAGAUCCCUGCUACAGUAACCCCUCUUACUCCAACUUCUUCUGUCAAAUUUCAGAUUAUCUCAGACGAGGUUACGUCCAAAGAUUCACCUCAGACGCCAUUUAGACGUACUAGAAAAAUGAGAGCUGGAACACCCAUCCCAGCCGGAACCUUGAAAAAUGCAGCACAAUUUAUGUCAAGUGACAGUGAUAAAGAAGACAGUCCUCUGGGUAAAAACCAUGAUGACGAGUAUCCAGACAGCGCUUGGAGAAAACCUGAGGGUAUUUCGGAUUGGCGCACUGAAUCAGCAGUUUCAUCUCCAGGUUUAGACUUCGCUGAAUUCAACAAUCCAUUUGAUGUCGUUAAAAAUGUAGUACUUCACUUGCCAAACACAAAACGCCAGAAUAUCGUCGAGACUAGAGUUGCUCAGGAGAGUGACAACUUGGAAGAUAGGGAAAUAGGAGAGCGUGAUUCAGAAGCGGGUGUGGCUCCUCAUAAUAUAGAAGAUUUCCAUAAAACAAUGGCAUGGCAUUCCAUGUUUCGCCAGAGACUUUCUGAGCCUCAACGUCUACAUCUGCACCGGGGCCCUGUAAAUGGAUGCGUGCUCUCAGAAGAAAAUGCUGCGGGAACUGUAACCAUGUACUCGGUGGACAGGGACGGCUUCAUAAAGGUAUAUUCAAUCUCAGAGGGCUUCCAGAUUCGAGCAACGAAGCUUGGAACUUUACCACUCUCAUGCCUAACUCUAGCAAAGAGCUCAGAUGCUUAUCCGAUCGUAUUAGCUGGGUCCUAUGAUGAUUGCGUCUAUGUAUAUUCGGUAGACUAUGGACGAGCUCUUAGCAAGAUGAGAGUGCAUGACGAGGCUGUGUCAUGUGUGCGUAUGGUAACCAGCAGCAGCGAGCGAAUGCUGACUGCCUCAUGGGAUUCUACUGUGAAACUCUGGGGCAUAGGCGAAGCACGAGAGAGUUGGGCUACGGCAACUGCAGCAACACCGGAGGCUGAAUUUUUGGAGCAUGACAGUGCAGUGUGGUGUCUCGAUGCCCAGCCCGAAGGAAGCUUAGCAGUUUCUGGAGCUAAAAAUGGCACUAUUCUUGCUUGGGACUUGAGGAAUCCAAGAUCGUCUGUUUGGCAUCGCAGCUGUAGUGGGUCGGCCACAGGAUUGCGUCUGUCUAAUGAUAGCAAUCAAGUAGUCGUGGCAUCCACCGAUGGUUCAUUACGUGUUCUUGAGACAAGGCAGUCGGGUGCUGUGCUAGCUACUAAAGAUUGCGGGAGCUCCUUGCGGUGCUGUGAGAUUGCAGGAGAUCUGAUCAUCGCUGGAAGUGCGGAUGGAUCUUUGUUUUUCUGGCCACAUAUCUUUCCUUCCAAUGGUAGCAUGUCGAAGGAAACGGAGUUGGCUACUGAGUUCUUGGACUAUUCCCCUUUACAAGACCAUUCAGACUCAAUCAACUGCUUGUCUUUGGCCUGUCAUACAAAUGGACUUGGUGCUAGCUUUGCAACUGCAUCCAAGGAUUGCAGCAUCAAUAUUUAUAGCGUUGGAGAAAGAUGACGGGAAAAGUUGCCGAUUUGUAAUUUCACCCUAACUGGUCCACUUUUGUAUACAAGUCAAAUGAUAAUCUGGUCGACAUUCGCGACAAUAGUUAUGAGUGAGCAUUUUGGCAUCGAAUAACCGUGUCGAAAUAAUGAGCAGCUAUGCAUUCUUUCACUUGCUUUGUGAAAGAUUAGUCACAUUGACCAGGAAACUUAUGCAGCGAAACAUUGCUUGGGCAACGCUAAUACCAGUCCCUGGGAGCAGACGUCUCCACUCAGAUCUGGCCUUUCCUGAAAUCUUCUCUCCGGUUCGGUGCGCAUACGAGAUUUCUUCUCCAGUAACAAGACCAUCAGGUUUUUGUAACAUGUGCCUAAUCUGCACCAAUACGUAUUACAAAAUAAGCUCAUCCAUGUGCUACAAUUGUAGCAUUAUUAUUCAGUAAGAGUGCUCUUGCAUUUCUUACAUCAAUUGACCCUGACGGUGACAACUUGCAAGGCUGGCCAAUUGAAGCACUGCAAGAUUCUUCGACCUAUCGUUGUCACGAUGAGUGUAGAUAACGACGAUUGAUCUCUGAUUGUUUACUAUAUUUGAAAACUCAAUAGAAAUUUCUAGAAUAUUUGCGGUUUGAUGAGAAUUAUCAACGUGUCAUGUAAGUUUUACAACACACUUUUCACGAAAAACUUAUAUGAAGUCUGCGCUUGUAUCAAAAUUGUGAAUGAAUUCGUCUUCAAAUAAAUUGAGUAGUUGGACGUUAA